AUGCCAUUUACAACAAAUGCAGAAACUCAACAUUGUCCACGUUGUACUCAUGCUGCUUUUCAUGCAGAAUCAAUUCCAGUUGCUGGAAAAAUGUGGCAUAAAAUUUGCUUUCGAUGCGGUCUUUGUAAGAAAAUGUUAGAAAUUAGUAAUUUCGCUGAACAUGAUGGUGAUGUAUAUUGUAAACAAUGUUAUACUCGAAAAUACGGUAUUCGUGGUGUUGGUUUUGGUAUUGGAGCUGGUGCACUUGGAAUGGAUUCUGGUGAAAGAUUUGGAAAUACUCAAUCUCAGUUAGGUAAAAUCAAUUUUCCACCAAUGCCGAAUCUUCCACCACCUAACUAA